AUGACGCCGAACACAAGAACAUUGGUGAAUGCUGCAUCAGGAGGGUCCUUAAAAACAAAAACUCCAGAGGAAGCCUUGGAAUUACUAGAGUCUCUAGCCUCUCAGGAGUAUGAUAAUGCUCCAGUACCACAGAGAAGAGCGGGGAUUAUGAGGCUUGAUGGCUAUGAUGCCAUCUUAGCUCAGAAUGAACAGAUUUUACAAAUUAACGAGAAACAACAAGAACAACUAGAUGCUCUCACAAAGCAAUUUACCAGUUCUCAAGUCUCUUCUGUUAAUAAUAUUCAAAUAACUUGUGGUAUUUGUGCAGGUGCUCAUGCUACUGAAGACUGCAAGGCACCCGAAACUGCAGAUGUUAAUGGAAUUUGGCAUGAUCAGAAAGUUCCAUAUAAUCCAGGGAGGAACCAAUACGGCAAUAACCAGAAUCAAGGGUGGAGAAAUAAAAAUCAACAUCCAGGAUUCAGUUAUAGCUCGAAUCAUCAGCUAAAUCCUCCUAUGCCAGCACCACAGCAACCUCCACAACGAUCAGAGUGGGAGAAGGCAUUUGCACAACUAUCCAAAACCACAUCAGACUAUGUUCAAAGUACCAAUGCAUUCAGGGAAGACACUUCAGCCUUUAUGCAAGAAACCAGGGCCUCAUUCAGGAAUCAAGAAGCCUCAAUCCGGAAUCUAGAAACUCAGAUUGGUCAAUUGUCAAGGCAGUUCAACGAAAGAACCCAAGGCACCUUCCCAAGUAAUACAGACGUUAAUCCAAACGCACACUGCAAGGCCAUUACCACAAGAAGUGGCAUUGUAAUUGAACCUGUGAUUAAGCCUUCAGUAGAGAAAAAGAAAGCUGAGGGAUCUGCCAUUGAAGAAGAAAAAGAGAAGGAAGUUGACAAAGAGCCUGCUGCAGAGAAAGCUGUUCCUGAAAAGAAAAAGUUCAAAUGGGAGAAAAAGAAAGCGCAAGAAAGACAAGAAAAGCCAUUGGAGCUCUCACCUUAUGCAAAAAUUCCAUAUCCGCAGAGGUUCAGAGAGGAAAUCAAAAAGCAGAAUAUUAACCUUAUGCCAUUAUCCAUCUGCAAGGCUCUGGGGAUUCAUGAAUUAAAGCCGACCAAAGUUUCACUGCAGCUAGCAGACAGAUCUACCAGAAGGCCAGAUGGAGUUAUUGAAGAUGUCUUGGUGAAGAUUGAUAAGUUCAUAUUCCCUGCAGACUUUGUCAUCUUAGACAUGCAAGAGGAUGCUGAGAUUCCCUUACUGUUGGGAAGGCCCUUUUUAGCCACUGCAAGGGCUAUGAUUGAUGUGGAGCAGGGUAAGCUGAUGUUGCGGGUUAAUGAUGAAACCGUAACGAUUGAUGUUCUUGAAUCUAUGAAACAUCCUUCCGACGGAGGAGAUUGCUUCAAGGUUGAUGUGAUCAAUGAUGCAGUGCUAGAUACAGUUGAUGAAAUACUCCAACCACUGAUGGAAUUGGAUUCAUUAGAAGAAGAUCUACUGCACAAUACGACUGAAGCAACAGAAGGAGAACAAGAG